AUGGCCCUUCACCGCUUCGCGAAGAGACGAUCACCCGACACCCAACAAGACAGCGGAGGAGAAAAACCAGACUGCGAACUGGACUACACAUGGACGAAGGAAGGGGUGCAGCACGUAUAUCAGCAGCAUCUGUGGGCUCACUUUGGCUGGCCUGGGCCAAGUGCUUCAAAGCCUGUUUUGCAGUCUCACAGUGAAAUCAUGGCCACGUUCGGCGGCUCCUUGGGAAAAUGGCUGACAGCUGGUUACCUGACGACCACCAAGCCAGCCCAGUAUCGGGCGUGGACGGACGUUUGCCCUCAAGAGCUGAGCGAGCAGUUCUUCGAGCGAGAUGGCCUAUUGCAGCUGUUCAUCUCGUAUCUGAGCUUCGAGUGCCUUCCUCAGGCUGCUGGAGUGUCCAGAACUUGGCGGCGGAAAUGCCGCUUGGAACUGGGUCAGGUGGAGCGUGCGGGAGAAGCCUGGUGCAGCCUCAACGGUCGGCGGCACAGCGGCCUGAGCAAGGCUCCCUUCGUCUUCCGGUUCUUCCGCUUUGGGAGCAAGGAGAGGGCGUCGCACUCCUUGGAAAAGAUGUCCAAGUACGAAGUGGAGCCGGUGACUCCGGUCGACUUUCCGAGACGAUGGAAAGCUUGGUUGAUGGAAGGUACUUUGCUGGACCGCACCGCGCCCUCCAGUGCUUCCCCGGCGGACGAGGAGAAGCCUUUGAAAAUGAGCUUGGACAACAUCAUGGAGACUUUGAAGGUGGCACGCGCCGCAGUGGUUGCCGGCCGAAAGGCUCUGCUCCAGGCGGUGGCUGGCGAGGUCAUCAAUGCCAUGACCACCACGGACGUGCUGAAAUUUGGCAGUUCCAGCUCGCUGUUGCGAAGUGCAACCUGUGCAGGUGGCCGCCUCACCCUCCCACGCCUGGAUGCCUUGCCCUCCGAUCCCUCCCAGUGUCGGGCCUUCCUAAACCAGGUGAAUCUGGGUAGCGUCUGCGCCCUCUCCCUGCCACCCGAGGGUACCUGGGAGGUGCUGCAGAUGCAGAACCAGAAGUUUGGUGCGCUGCAACGUCUUGACUUGCCCCGCGGCUUUGCCUCCAGGUGUCCGGACGAGUUUUAA